AUGAAGAAGCACCGCAUUUUAAAGCGGUUUCGCUUUCGUCGGUACAAACUCGCGGCGGUCGCGAACCUGCCCUUCGCGCGGAUGAUUCGGGUGGGGAUGCUGCCGGAGUUGAAGAGCAGCAAAACGAAAAAGGCGGACAUCGUCGAGACAGGCCUCUCCGACCAUCUCGUGAAAACCGCAAAAACCACCACCGGGGGGAAGGUGAGCGGAAAACGCUCCCGACCGAAGUCGAAGUAUCAGGUUUAG